UUGCUAUUUAGACACAUUGCUAAACAUUUCUCUCUUCACACACUAUCACUCAACACAAUGGCUUCUCUUAUUCAUAGCAAUCUAGUUUCUCUCUUCUGUCACAUUUUUCUCUUGUUGAUAAUUUCUUAUCCACCCAACAUACUUUCCCAGCAACCAACCUCCUCAAGCCCUACAAUAGCUCCAUGCACAUCAAGCCUCCUUCCUCUCUUUCCCUGCAUGCCGUUCGUGCAAGGCGCGGUUAGCACUCCGGCCACCGGCUGUUGUAGCAACCUUGAGCAACUCUAUAGCCAAGAGCCACACUGUCUUUGCUUCUUGUUUAACAACACUACUUUUACCUCUUUCCCCAUCAAUAGGACACUUGCUCUACAGAUCCCAACUUUUUGUAACCUUCAUGUUGAUAAUUCAGUUUGUCCAGGUGUGAAAAUGCAUGUGCCUCCUUCAUCUUCACCAGAUUCUCAAGUUUCUUUUCAGACAAGGAACAACUCUACUGUUGCUGCUUCUCCACUAUUUUCAGUGCCACCAAGACCAAGCAUCAUUGGAUUUGGAUUAGGAAGAAGUGAAGCUAUUAACUUGAAUGCAAAGAAUGGAAUAAUUGUUAUCAUGGCUAUAACAAUAUUCAUGUUCAUAUGAGUGCCUUAAUACCAUAUCUACAACUUUAUAGUUUUAGUGAUAUUUCCCUCUUAGAAAUUAUAUUAGAUUGGUUGUGUUAUUUCCUUUUAGAGUUUGAGAGUGAAUUGUUUGUUUGUCUAUGUCUGUUUAUGUACUGUUAAAAAGUUGUUCCUUUAAUUGAAGUUGUUUUUGUAAUAUUUAGAUAAUUAUAAAACAUUCUGUUCUCUCAACUGUUUAAGGAUUAAGCCAAUUUCG